AUGCCUUCUGCGCCGGAGGCCCUGCAGGUGACCCGGGAUGUCGGCCCCGCGCUCCAGAGGCAAGCUGCUGUUGGGAUUGCUGCAGUCAUCUCUGGCUUGGCCAAAGGGGGGCUCAGCCCCAUCUUGGACCUGCGAGGCCUGAGCCAGUACAUGGUAAAGCUCAAGUUCCGCAUGGUCUCCUUGGCCUCCAUCAUCCCCUGCCUGGAUCCUGGGGGCUGGUAUGCUGCCUUCGAUCUGCAGGACGUGAACUUCCACAUUCGUAUAUUCAAGGGGCACAGACACUUCCUCUGUUUCACGGUGGAGCAGGAACACUACCAAUUUAUGGACCUCCCAUUUGGCCUGUCCAGUGCCCCCAGGGUAUUCACGAAAUCUUCCAGACAGCAUGUGAGAAUAGCUGCAUCUCUGAGGCAAAGAGCAGGCCAACUACCUUUCACAACAGGUCCUCAGUAUCGUCUGGAGAAGCAGAGUGAACCCAAUGUCCCAGUAGACUUAGACUGUACCUUGGAGAGCCAGAGCACUUUGGAAUUCUGCCUUGUCCGAGAGAACAGUUCAAGAGGAGAAGAGAUCUCAGAGGAAGAUCCUCAGAUCGAUAUAGCUACAGUUCAAGAUAUGCUUAGUAGCCACCAUUACAAGUCCUUCAAAGUCAGCAUGAUCCAUAGGCUUCGGUUCACAACUGAUGUUCAAUUAGGUAUCUCUGGAGACAAGGUAGAGAUAGACCCUGUUACUAAUCAGAAGGCCAGCACUAAGUUUUGGAUUAAGCAGAAACCCAUUUCGAUCGAUUCUGAACUCCUCUGUGCCUGUGACCUUGCGGAAGAAAAAAGCCCAAGUCAUGCAAUAUUUAAACUUACAUAUCUAAGUAAUCAUGACUACAAACACCUCUACUUUGAAUCAGAUGCUGCUACCAUCAAUGAAAUUGUCCUGAAGGUUAACUAUAUUCUAGAAUCCCGAGCAAGUACAGCCAGAGCAGAUUAUCUUGCUCAGAAACAAAGAAAAUUGAGCAGGAGAACAAGCUUUAGCUUCCAGAAGGAGAAGAAAUCAGGACAGCAGUAAUGUCUAGCCUAGAGCAAAAAACUGUCCACACAAUUCGAAGAAGGAGAAGCUCCCAACAGCCUGAGACAGGUGGGAGCCAGAACUACAGAGCUCUUACUGCCAACAGCCAGGAGCAGCCAAGGAAGAGAAUCAGGAAUACGCAGUUUCUCAUGAUGAACAGAUGACCCCACUUUGGUUACGGGAAGUCUCCCUUAUGACAAAAACAAAGAGCCAUAUCAGCCGGAAGGAGGACUGUGACACUUACGAUUCCGUUAAUUAGAAACGAGGAGGAUGUAGGCUGGCAUCGUUUAAGAACUAUAUUAUGUACAAUCACAAGAAAAGAUGUGGUUACAAAUUAUUUCACAGCCUGAUAAAGAUAAAUUCUAUACAUCUGUUCUAUACACACACGCGUGCACACAGGUACUGCUUGUGACAUGAUCAAAUUUCUAAACAUGAAAUGUAUCUGUUUUUACUAUUAAUAAAGGUGUAAUCUUUCUCCAGGGUUAUUUCAUGCACAGUUCUUUGGAGGGGUAGCGUUAAGCUACAGACUGUUGUGUCUCGUGUUUGCGUCCAGGGACAGUGGCGCAGUCACUGCACACAGUGGAUUCUUGAAGAAAUGCUUAUACAGCCAAGGCUGGUUUUUUUUCAAGCACGUUUAGCAGCUGCAUUUUUCUACUUUGAAGACGUCUUGUUGGAAGUUAUUUACCUCCAGUAAACUUUGUAUUUUGAAAACCAUGGCAGCUUUUCUGGAAUGGAAUGCCAAGAACCUUUCUUCUUGGCGAUGGGGUCUCCAGUAAUUAUGAGUGGCUGAAUCAGCAGAGAAAUUCCUGCUCAUUGGGCUGAGUUUCUGGUCUGUCUCUCAGAGAGUUUUCAUCUGAGGAUUGAGAAAUAACUUUAUUUUUUCUUUUGUAUUAACAUUAGUAAACGUUUUAUAAAUCGAAAUGAAGACUUAGUUUGUACUGGGAUUUGUAACUGUUCCAGCUUUGCCCAUCUCUGCAGAGUUGGGUGCCAUAUUUCUGUGGGUAGUGGGAAUUGUAGCUGCCCUUUUGUGUUCAUUUUGGUUCGCCAUAAAUGUCUUUUAUGAAUUUCUGUGUGUUGUUAAAGAUAAGAGCUCUGGGACCCUGUUACUCUCAAUUUUGUAUCAAGCGGAUGCAUAUGGCUGUGCUAAGAACACUUGGCAGGAUUCUGCACAUAAGAAUAAAGAAAAACCUCCUCCAGAAAUCUGUAACACACACUGAUUUCUGCUGGUUAGACCAAAUAUUCUCCAUGUUCUAUUGCCUUGCAGUGAGAUUGACCUGCAGACAAUUUAACCUGUUAGAACUUCUUUCUUUGUUUUUGUAUUAAAAAAUUUUCUCUCUCUGAGCCUUAAUGUAUAGUUUAGGAAUAAACACUAAGGCAG